AUGAGCCAUGGCACGAAGCCUCCAGUGAUGAUCCAUGGCACGAAGCCUCCAAUGACGGCCUCCAGCGACAGUUCCCAGGCCGGAGCCUCCAGUGACGGCCUCAAGUCCGGAGCCUCCAGCGACGGUCCCCCGUCCGGAGCCUCCAGCGACGGUCUGCAGUCCGGAGCCUCCAACGACGGCCUCCAGUCCGGAGCCUCCAGCGACGGCAUCCAGUCCGGAACGUCCAGCGAUAGUCUGCAGUCCGGGGUCCGCAACGAGGGUUCCCAGUCCGGGGCCCGCAACGAGGGUUCCCAGUCCGGGGCCCGCAACGAGGGUUCCCAGUCCGGGGCCCACAACGAGGGUUCCCAGUCUGGGACCCGCAACGAGGGUUCCCAGUCCGGGGCCCACAACAAGGGUCCCAAGUCUGGGGCCCGCAACGAGGGUUCCCAGUCCUGGGCCCGCAACAAAGGUCCCCAGUCCAGGGUCGGAGACGAGGGUCCCCGCACCAGAGGCGCCACCAAAGUGGGAUGA